CACUGUGGAGACAGGAUGAAGUUGACCAGUGAAAAGUUGCCCAAGAACCCCUUUUCUACUUCUCUAUCCCACUGUGCUGCUAAGAACCAAAAACUCUUCCAAUGGAGAAAGGAAAACACUGAUCAUUACAGCCAUGCUAGUUUGGUGGAUAAGGCACUGCACCUCUUGAAGGAAAGAAUAAGAAGAGGGGAUACUCUGGCAUAUUUCCUACGAGGUCAACUGUAUUUUGAAGAGGGAUGGUAUGAAGAAGCAUUAGAACAGUUUGAAGAAAUCAAGGAAAAGGAUCAUCAGGCAACUUACCAGCUAGGAGUGAUGUAUUAUGAUGGCCUGGGGAUGACCGCAGACGCUGAAAAAGGAGUGGAAUAUAUGAAGAAAAUUGUUGAUUCUCCGUGUCCCAAAGCACGACACUUAAAAUUUGCAGCAGCUUACAACCUUGGAAGAGCUUAUUAUGAAGGAAAAGGCGUUAAACAAUCAGACGAGGAAGCUGAAAGACUGUGGCUUUUUGCUGCAGACAAUGGAAAUCCAAAAGCUAGUGUGAAGGCUCAAAGUAUCCUAGGAUUGUAUUACUCAACAAAGGAACCCAGAGAGUUAGAGAAGGCAUUUUAUUGGCAUUCAGAAGCUUGUGGCAAUGGAAACCUGGAAUCCCAAGGUGCACUUGGGCUCAUGUACUUUUAUGGACAAGGCAUCCACCAGGAUACCGAGGCUGCCCUGCAUUGCUUGAGGGAAGCAGCAGAGCGUGGAAAUGUCUACGCUCAAGGGAAUCUCGUGGAGUAUUACUAUAAGAUGAAAUGUUUUACAAAGUGUGUUGCAUUUUCCAGAAGGAUUGCUGACUACGAUGAGAUUCAUGACAUCCCCACGAUAGCCCAGGUCACGGACUGUCUCCCGGAAUUCAUCAGCAGAGGCAUGGCCAUGGCCGCCUUCUACCACGCACGGUGUCUGCAGCUUGGCUUGGGUAUCACAAAGGAUGAAGCAACAGCUAAGCACUAUUAUUCUAAAGCCUGUCGUCUGAAUCCUUCAUUGGCAGAUGAACUUCACACUUUACUUAUUCAUCAAAGAAUUUAGACUACAAUGUAUUUCAACAAAGAUCAUCGAUUCUAACAACUUAGAAUGUGUGUAUUUUUAUAAUUUUUAUAAUAGCUAUGUUUGUUUUCUCUCUCCCACAUUACAUUAUCCUGG